AUGACUUGGAACAAGACUGCUACUUACGAACACAUCUCGAGCAUCAAGCCGAGGUUUAUCUCGAGGGCCUUUGCUGCUGAGAACCAAUUGAAGUCCCUAGCGUUCAGCAAUGAGCUGGUUCCGGACACGGAUGCGCAUGAGUUGAAGACGAAGCUGCUGUACUCGCAAGGGUCAGAGAUAUAUGAGCUGGAGUGUGCUUACCCACUGAUCACGGAGGACAAGGAGCCCGUGAGCGACUAUGGGGAUGCGUUUAAGGCCAUGGAAAAUGUGCCAUUGCAGCCCAAGUGGGUGUACCAAGGUGAGACUGUGGCCAAGAUGGAGUUUCUGGGCGAGGAGGAGGACACCAAUGUGAUUGCGAUGUCCAAGAACGGUUCUUUGGCGUGGUUCACAGAAGGUGUUAAAGUGCCAGUGCACAUUGUGCAGGAGAUGAUGGGCCCUUCUACCAAGUUCUCCAGCAUCCACUCGCUGACCAGACCGGACAACCUGGCCGUUGCUGAUUUCUCCUUGUCCUUGGACCAGGAGACCAUUGUGAAGUCUCAGAGCAACGGUGACGAGGAAGACAGUAUCCUUAAGUUGAUUGACAAUGCAGGCAAACCCAGCGAAGUGUUGCGUGUGAUCCGUGUCCCAGGCACCACUGUGACACACUCUGUGAGGUUCCUAGACAACCACGUCUUCGCCUCUUGCUCCGACGACAACGUUAUCAGAUUCUGGGACACCAGAACCGCUGACAAGCCAUUGUGGUCGCUGAGCGACCCACAGAACGGCAGCCUGACCGCAUUCGAUGUCUCCCAGCUGUCUGGCAACCUGUUUGCAACCGGUUUCAGUACCGGUGUGGUCAAGCUGUGGGAUGCCCGUGCUGUCGAGGACGCCACGUUGGACCUAUCAAACAGACAGAACGGUGAGGAGCCUAUCCAGAAGGAGAUUGCCAACUGGUACCACCGCGGCGGCGACUCCGUGGUCGACCUGAAGUUCUCCUCGACCAGCCCAACGGAGUUCCUCACAGUCGGAGGCUCUGGCAACGUAUACCACUGGGACGCAGACUACGCCCUCUCCAACUACGACCCUGAGAACCACGCCCCACAAGAAGCCUCCGAGCAGCUACAGAACGAGUCCCUAACUUUCCUACACACCGGUGGCUCCAGAAGAAGCACCACCGCCUACGGACUAAGAAACACUGUCGCUUGGCACCCAGUGAUCGAGGGUCUGGUCGCCCACGUCGACCCAGACACCUUGAUCACCACUUACCUGCCAUACAACAACUAG